AUGCCAAUGAAUACAAUUGCUUCUCCUGCUGCUUCAAUAGAGAUGAGGACAAUUGACGAUUAUAAAACACAGAACGAUCAAUACUGGACAAUCAUCGAAAAGCAAAGAUUAAUCAUCAAAACAAUGCAGAAAUCACUCAAUCAAUUGACGAGUGAAAAUGAGAUGCUGAUCAAGAAAAACAAGGAAUUAGAGUCAUCUAUCAAGAAUACUGGCAAUUCAGCGUCUACACCAUUAUCAAUGGAGGCUACCACAGCCACAAGCACAGCCACAGCCACAACAUUAGCUUCAACGCCUGCCGUACCACCUAGAUCACCGUAUCGCAUCAAUCACAAUCAUAGCAAUCAUCCAUUAGACGCCAGCGUUGAUCUACCAAAGAGGCCGCCUGUAUUGAAAUUAGCCAUGUCGAAUCAUGCUCACUUCCAGAACCGAGCAGCAGACCAACCAGCAAGCACAACCAAAAAGACAAGAUCCAAGGUGCAACACAAGAGAAAUCACUCGCAAACAAGCAAUCAGCCUAGUAACAGCGCCACUAGUAACUUGAAUAUACCAGUGAUGUCCAAAAGUAAAUCUGAACCUUCUACCCCUGCCCAACCACGCACGCCUCGCUAUGAUUCACUUCAUAACAACCAUCCACUAGACAGCCAUGUUGCUACGCCAACGACAGCCACUGCUAUUUUAAGAAAUCUGUCCAACGUAAAUGUCAAAGUUAUAUCAAGUAUCAACACAAACGAAAAGGGCUUUACCAUUGGCAUUCUGCAGAAAGAAGAUGACCGGGAGAUAUGGAGAAUAGAGAAAUCACUAUCAGACUUGAUGAGCUUGGAUUCAAAUCUCAAAUCAUCAAAUCCAGCUUUGGCGUCAACAUUCAAGAAAUUACCUGACAAGUCUCUAUUUGCAACCCAUGCGCCAACCAAAGUGGACGAAAGAAAGAGCAUGGCCCAGGAUUACUUGCAACAUGCCAUCACCUUGAAAUCUAUAAAUAAUGAUAUUCUGUGUGAGUUUUUGAGUACCGACAGAAUCCACAAUCUAUCCAUUACUCUCACCAAUGAUGCUGGAACCAAAGAAGGCUAUCUGACAAAGAAGGGAAAGAACUUUGGUGGCUGGAAAUCAAGAUAUUUCAUGUUGGAUCAUAGUGGCAUCUUGCGAUACUAUGAAACUAAAAAUGGAGCUUUCCUUGGAAACAUCAACCUCAUCAACUCGCAAAUUGCCUCCCAACCUCAAUACGAAUCGAAACAUGAGAGCCAUUUCCGUCAUGCGUUUUUGAUUGUCGAGCCAAAACCCAAUGGUGGAUCACACAGCAAACAUAUUUUCUGUGCUGAUUCUGACGCUGAGCGAGACAGUUGGGUCGAUGCCCUUCGUUUUUAUACAAACCAGCUACACAUUACCGAAGACAUUAUCAAUUCCUCAUUUGCCGCUGACGAUUCAAUGAUGACCAUUGAUCAUUUGGUGGUGGAGCCGUCCUCUUCAACAGAGAGCAAUAAAUCGUCCAUACUUAAGAAGAGACCCAGCAUUGAUUACAUUUUAAACUAUUUUCAACAGACAAAUGCCAGUCGUCGAAGAUCAUCUACGUCAAAGACAUCAUCACCUACAACCUCUGCCGACUCUUCAUCUGUUGAUGCUUUUCCCGCUACAGUCAGUUCUCCAGCAACAACGGAAGAGCAAUCCGAGGAACACAUAAAAAAAUCAAGACACAAGAGCAAUCGCAAAACCUUCUGGGGCAAGAAGAUGUUUGCAUCUCACACGGAUAAUCCAACAUCCCCUCAUAGUCUCACUUUUGGCACAAGUGAUUAUGAAGAGACGUGCGGCCCUAACCAGAUCUUUGGUAUCCCUCUUGAAAAUGCAGUUAAUGUGUCUCGAGUGUGUGAUCAUUACGAUUUACCUGCAAUUAUUCAUCGCUGCAUUGAAUACCUGGAGGCGAGAGAUGCUCUUACCGAGGAAGGCAUCUAUAGACUGAGCGGAAGCUCUGCAAAGGUGAAGAUUUUAAAGAAGCGUUUCAACAAUGCUGGAGAUGUCAGGCUCUUGGAAGAUGAGGAAUUCCAUGAUGUGCAUGCUAUUGCUGGUCUUUUGAAGAUGUGGCUCCGGGAAAUGCCAGAAAAUAUCCUUACCGAGGCCCUGCUGGGAGAUUUCCUGAAUAGCAUUCAUCUCGAUAAGGAACAAAACAAAAUAUGCGAAGUCGGCAGAUUGAUUUCCACUCUCCCCCUCGCCAACUAUACACUUUUACGUUCCUUAUGUGCUCACUUGAUUCGGGUAAUCGAGAAUUCUGACAAGAAUAAAAUGACACUCAAGAAUAUCAGCAUUGUCUUUUCUGCUACGCUGGGCAUUCCGUCCAGCAUUUUCAAUAUGCUUCUCAAGAACUUUGACUACAUCUUUUGGACAGAUCGAUGCGAUGAUCAGCAAGUAACUGAAGAUACCAUCAAGAUAUACAUGGCAGAAGAAGAAGUCUCCUUUGAUGCACAGCAGUUGCACCAUCCUCACGAUUUUGUUCAUCCUGUGAUGAAACGAGUGGCUGAGUCGUCUUACCAAGAUGGCUUUAUCGACAGUGGUAGAUCCAGAAGAAAUAGUAUUCAUUACAAGGACAAUACGCCAAAAGAGUUCAUCUCUUUAGAAAAGCAGCUUGAUGCUGUUUUGGAUGACUCUUCACAGCUGGAUGAUGACAUUUACUACAGUGAUGGCGAACUAGAGAUUGCUUAUUUCGCUUCUAGAUACAAUGCCAACAGCAAGACUUCAAAUCAUCUUCCAUCAACAGAAUAUGCAUCAACAGCAAUUUAA